GGAAAAAUGAAGGUCGAUGUAAAUUGUUGACAAUUUUGAUUAUCUAAAGCGAAGUCAGUAAAUCACUGUAUAUCAAAUCAAUAACUUCAAGAAUGAGUUCACUUGUUGCAGAAGCUGUACAAGCUGAAAUUGGAGCAUAUGAGCCAUGGCCUGACAAUGCCUGUUUGUAUCAACCAUAUCAAGUUGAACAGAUAACAUUCCCUGACUAUGCUACUUGUUUAAGUGUCAAAACGUUUCUACACAUGUGUAGUUUAGACUUUCAUACAGAAUUAAGAAUCAAUGCUGAAGAAAUGUCUCCAUCUGGGAAAGUUCCAUUUAUUCACGUUGGAGCUUUUUUGGUUGCAGAACUUGAUCCAAUUAUAGCAUUUGUGAAUACAAGAGGUUUCCAUUUAAGCCGAGAAUUGAAUGAAAGUGAAAGAUCUGAAAUGAGAGCCUACAUGGCUUUAAUAGAGAAUAUUCUAGUCAAUGCUGAGUUAUAUUUAGCCUGGGUAGAUGAAACAGUGUCUGAAGAGAUUACCAAACCUAGAUAUGGUUACGUCCACCCCUGGCCAUUAAAUAGAUUAUUACCAUGGCAGAAACAGCGUAGUAUGAAGGCUAGAUUAAAGAGUAUUAGUUGGUCUAAUAAAACUAUUGAUGAGGUAUGUGAAGAAGUUAAAACUUGUUGUCAAGCUUUAUCUGAAAAAUUAGAUAAUAAACAAUACUUUUUUGGCACCAGACCGACAGAAUUAGAUGCUCUGGUAUUUGGUCAUUUAUAUACCAUAUUGACCACAAGGUUACCAGUUAGUAGAUUUGCUGUUAUAGUAGAAGGUUUUAGUAAUCUGGCAGCAUUCUGUAAACGUGUGGAGGAAAAUUUCUAUAAAAAGUUUGGCCGUGAAUAUUAACUGCCACAGUGUGAAUGUGAAUUGACUACCAUAUGAAAGGAAGUGUCAUUUAGUUAUAACAAGAAAGGGAAGUUUAAAACUAGUUGUAUGGUGACAGACCUAUUGUAAUUGUAGAAAGAUUCAAAAAGUUUGAUUUAACUCCCCAAAAAAUAAAUGAAUUGUUUUUUUAUUUAAUCUCUGGAGCUCCACUUAAAAAAGGAAGUUGCAUCUUGUAGCUCAAAUUUGUUUAUUUAGAAAAUAGAAAUGAAAAUAAACUCAGUUAAUAAACAACAUUAUAAAUAUACUACAGAGAUUCAAUGAUUUCCAAAACUUUCAACUUUCAGUAAAUUUAGGUCAAAUAAGUUUAUCUUUGUUUUGAAACAUUUCCACAUUAUCAAUUGAUUUUUCGCUGAGGAAACAAAAGUAACAUAAAACUGAGGCCCUGGGACCUGUAGGAUGUCCAUCGAUCUCUCAACAAUGUAAUGUCUUAGCAAGUUUGUAAGUAUAUCAAAUUUAAGUGAAUUUGAAUUAAAGCUUUAAAAUAGUACCGAUAAUCUUAGAAAAUCUUUGCGUUCACAAAAUUCAAUAUACCACCAAACUUGCUCUGACAAUAGGCAAAAGGUUUAUACUGGAAAAUUGUGUCUUGCACACUGCAUUUUAACUGACUAUGGUAUUCUUUUGAUCAUAAAAGUUUUCAAACAAUGUUGUAAUCAUUGAUGAGACAAUAUAGGUAAACCACUUAUAUGAGACAAAAAAUAUAAAUAAGACUAUACUGUAUUAGUUAGAAAAUCAAUGCAAUAUUAACAAGUGAAGAACAUAAUAAUAAUAAUAAUAAUAAUAAAGAUAAAGAAAAGUGUAACAGUUAAUAAGUGCAUAUAUUACUAAGCUUAUCAAAUUGUAUACAAUCUACAAAAUGAUUAUGUAGAUGAUAGUGCAAUAUAUAAGAUACAAAAUUCAGCAGACCUUGAUAAAGCAAUGACAGAAAAUUACUUCUUUCUUAUCUAAAAAUAAAAAUUUACACAAGAAUAUUCAUUAUUUAUUGUUUGAUUCAAAAUAAUUU